AUGGCUACAAGUGGAAAUGUUGACUCACAACAGUAUGCACGUGUAUCGGAUAUUCUCAAAGAGCCGCAAAAGAUGCUCAUGCCAAUUCGAGGGUACGAAGAAAUGCCAAUAGUGCCAUUGGAGGAAGCUGUUGCACCACUUAUUUCGAUUUUACCUGAAAUUCAAGAUUAUGCUUAUGUUGCGAAACAACGAUGUGAAUAUGUACCUCCCAAUGGUUUAACGCAGGAUGAAUCAGCUUCAAUCAUCCUUUACUCUAUGGAAUGGGAACCACAUGAAAAAUAUUUAUAUUUUGCCCUUAAUACAGCUCUUCGUGCUGAAGAUAGGCGAAAAUUAAAACCAUGGUUUUCGUAUUUAAAACUUAUUCUUACGGCACUCGAAAAACUACCAUCCACACGAUGCAAUGUGUUUCGUGGAGUGAAUUUAGAUUUAACUAAUCAAUAUACUGAAGGAAAAACAUUUGUCUGGUGGGGAUUUUCUUCAUGUACAACAUCGGUAGGGGUACUCGAAAACGAACAAUUUUUAGGCAAAACUGGUCGAAGAACACUGUUUACGAUCGAAUGUGAUAGUGGCAAAGAUAUCAGUCGUCAUUCGUAUUAUGAAUCAGAAAAAGAGGUUCUUCUUCUAGCUGCUCGACAAUUUAUUGUAGUAUCAUGUCUUCGACUAGCACCAGGCCUUCAUAUGAUUCAAUUAAAAGAAACAAAGCCUCCAAUUACUCUUUUACAACCGGUUACGAAUCAAUCUGUGCAAAUUAAACCAUCGCCGAAUUCUUAUCAAUCAAAUCAUUCUACAAUUAGUACAGCAACUAUACCAAAGAAUCCAAUAACAACACAUCAAACAACAACUCAAUCUCAAAUAAAACAAAAUAACAACAUUGUUCUUGAAUUAAUUACAACCGAUUAUAAGCGUGCACAAGAUUUUUUAUUCGCCAUUGCUGAACCUAUUCAUCGUUCUGAACAUACUCAGGAAUAUGAACUUACAUCUAAUUCUAUACAUUCUGCUAUGUUUUCUGGUUUGCAAACGCAAGAUAUGAUUAGAGAUUUACAACAAUUGAGUAAAACAAAUAUUUCAAAUGAUUUAAUCAAUUAUAUCAAAUCAUGUACAGAGAUGUAUGGCAAAGUUAAAUUAGUAUUGAAAAAUAGACGUUAUUUUAUUGAAAGUAUCUUUCCUAAUAUUUUAAAUGAACUUCUUCAAGAUUCUGAAAUUAAAGAAUGUCGAGCAAUCUCAACAGAACAAGGUUUGAAUUUAGAAUCAUUUGAAGUUAUUCAACAGAAAAUUGAAAGUUUAAAAAAACGAUGUCAACAGUUAAAAUAUCCAUUACUUGAAGAAUAUGACUUUGUUCAUGAUACAAUGACAAAAAAUCUCAAUAUUCAACUUGCUCCAGAUGCUAAUUUAAGACCUUAUCAAGAAGAAAGCUUACGAAAAAUGUUUAAUAAUGGACGAGCUCGAUCGGGUAUUAUUGUUCUUCCUUGUGGUGCUGGAAAAUCAUUAGUAGGUGUUGCAGCUGCAUGUCAUAUGAAGAAGAAUUGUCUUGUAUUAUGUAAUUCAAAUGUGUCUGUUGAACAAUGGAAAGAACAAUUCAAACGAUGGUCAACAGCUGAUGAUUCUAUCGUACGAUCAUAUACAGCUAACAAAAAAGAUAAACUUAACGGUAGUGCAUGUAUAUUUAUAAGUACAUAUCAAAUGGUUGCACCUAAAAAAGGACGCAUUAUUGAAACGAGUAAAAUUCUGGAAAAGCUUACUAAUUAUGAAUGGGGUCUUAUAUUACUCGAUGAAGUACAUACAGCACCUGCUAAAACUUUUCGAAAAAUUUUGAGUAUUGUACCUGCACAGAUUAAAUUAGGUCUUAGUGCAACACUCGUUCGUGAAGAUGAUAAAAUUAUAGAUCUUAAUUAUUUAGUUGGACCUAAAUUAUAUGAAGCUAAUUGGAUGGAAUUACAAAAUUUAGGAUUUAUUGCUAAAGUUCAUUGUGCAGAAGUUCGAUGUGAAAUGACAUCGGAAUUCUUAAAAGAAUAUACUACAGCUACAAAUCAUAUGGUUAAACGAAGACUUAGUGUAUGUAAUCCAAAUAAAUUUCGAACAUGCCAAUCUUUAAUUCAAUAUCAUGAACAACGAAAUAAUAAGAUUAUCGUUUUUAGUGAUGAUCUAUUUGCACUUGAAACCUACGCAUUAAAACUUGACAAACCAUUCAUUCAUGGAAGAGUCGGUGAUACAUCAUUUGAUUUACCUGAAGCUAAUGUUGUUAUUCAAAUAUCAAGUCAUGGUCGUUCACGACGACAAGAAGCACAACGACUUGGUCGAAUUUCACGUAUAAAGAAAGAUAUUAUUAAUACCAACGAGAAUAAUGCAUUUUUUUAUACACUCAUUUCAGAAGAUACAAAUGAAAUGAAGUAUUCAUCAUAUAGACAAAGUUUUCUUAUUGAUCAAGGUUAUACAUAUGCAAUGCUUACACAUACACAGAUAAUUACAAAUGAAAAUCAACUUUAUUUCUCCACUAAUGAAGAACAACGAGAAUUACUUGAACAAAUUCCUAGAACACCCAAUAAUGAUGAAGCAUUACCUAUAACUACUAAAAAAAACUUCAAGUAA